AUGCCGCCAGCACUGAGUCCCUGAUUCAAAAUGAGAAUCAGUGGACAACGCUAGUGAUGUGGAAUAACACAAUGCUGCAGGUACACCUGCUCACGGACCGACAGCACAGACAGAAGCAGCAGCAAGAUACUGCCACUUUAACAGCUGCUGUCCGUGCAGCAGCAACACAGCAGCAGCAACAGCAGCAGCUGUUGAACUCCACUCUCACACGCGUCAACAGCAUCGAGGCUCAGGCCUCAGCAGCACCAGGCUGCACGACAGACACGGCGAAGCAGCUCGGGGAGCGCAUCGACCAUGUCGUCACUAUUAUUGGCGAACUAGGUGAUUUCACUAGUCCGGCCACGAUCAGCAGCAUGGUGGCCGCCAUAAAGACGGACAUCACCAAACUGCAGACAAGACCGGACGCCGCUCCAAAGGCAUACAAGAUGCCGCGCUUCAACAUCGGCAAGUUUGACGACUACAACAAGACGGACGCCUUGACAUGGUGGCAAAGCUUCCUCACUGAAGCAUCCUGCCACACGGUACCGCCCGAAGACAUGAUGAAAGUGCUCUACCUCCAACUUAUUGGAGAAGCACAGGCAUGGAUGAACCAUCUCGCGGCCAAUCGGAAAUGCACCAUCGCCCAACUCCACACGCACAUUCCGUGGAAGGAGUUCGAGCAACUGUGGUUCACUCAAUUCAUGGUCCGCAACGCUGUAAAGGCGGCCAUGAACGAGGUCUACACCAGCUCACAAGGAAACAUGCCAACUCGAGACUGGACGAUCAAGUGGCAGAAGAUCGUAACCACUGCAGGCUUCGACUUGAGUUUUCCAAACCAACGAUCCGAAUUCUUUUCGCGAUCGUGCGCAGGACUGCGGUUGGCACUCGGCAACGAGUACGACUAUGCCUCAUUCCAGGCUAUUCUGGAUCGUGCGAACCUGGCCAUCCAAACGGAUGUCAAGGCCGCUAACGAACGGCAGUCCCAGCCGCACUAUGUAGCUAAGCAGGGCUAUCAACUACCGGCACAUAACAAUGUCGUGAUUCCUGACGAAUCAAUCGAUCUCCAUGCUGCAGCAGCAUCCUCGAGUGAUGGAGGAGUUGUCGCAGCGCUCCCGCCGAAGCGUCCCAAGAGAGCAACUUGCAGUGCCUUGAUUGAUUGCGGAGCAUCUCGCAAUUUCAUGAGCCAAGCCUUUAUGGCCCGCGCAAGCCUUGGCCCGCGCGUUCGAAGGAAGACGCAACCUAUGCAAGUGACACUCGCGGACGGCCGCACGCAAAAGUCGAUUGACCGAUGCAUUGACGGCGUCCCGAUAUACUUUGCGCCCCUUGCGUGCGAGCCGGUGUCUUUUGACAUCCUCGACACCAAGUUUGACAUGAUUUUAGGCAUGUCUUGGUUGCGUAGCGUCGAUCAUCCGGUGAACUUUCAUGACCGAACCGUUCACAUCCGUGAUCGGAACGCAGUGUUAGUCCCAUGUACGGUCGCGACCCCUCAUACUUUGAUUGCUUGUCACGUGGUUUCCGUUGCGAGAAUUCGCGAUGCUAUAGCUGGGAACGACGUAAAGGAGAUGGGUCUUGUGUUUUUACAUGCUCCCCCCUCGCCGGACGGACCAGCCGUGUCACCGCCGGACCCACGCAUUACUCACCUCUUGGACGGGUAUGGAGACGUCUUCGAGGCUCCCACCGGAACGGUUCCGGAUCGGCCCAUACGUCACGAGAUCACUCUCGAGACUGGUGCCGUCCCUCCGCGUGGAUGCAUUUACCGCAUGAGCGAAGAGGAACUCGAGCUGCUUCGCACACAACUCGAUGACCUUCUCGACAAGGGCUGGAUUCGCCCUAGUUGUUCGCCAUACGGUGCACCGGUUCUUUUCGACCGGAAGAAGAACAAGGACCUACGGCUGUGCAUUGACUAUCGAAAACUUAACGCAGAAACCGUUAAGAACGCCGGCCCUCUCCCUCGGAUUGAUGAUCUCCUCGAGCGGUUGGGGGGCGCGACGUACUUCUCGAAGUUGGACUUGAAGUCGGGUUACCACCAGAUUGAAAUUCAGCCUGAAGAUCGGUACAAGACCGCCUUCAAAACGCGGUAUGGGCAUUUUGAGUGGGUCGUGAUGCCAUUUGGACUCACCAAUGCCCCGACAACUUUCCAAGCAGCCAUGACAACGGAGUUCCGAGACUUGCUCGGUCGUUCCGUCCUCAACUACCUCGAUGAUAUCUUGGUCUAUAGCAGGACGCUUGACGAGCACCUCGUACACCUCCGUGUGGUGUUGGAUCGUUUGCGAGCAGCCAAGUACAAAGCAAACCGCGACAAGUGCGAAUUCGCCAAGUAAAAGCUUGAGUACUUGGGCCAUUAUGUGACGCCGAAAGGCAUUCGUCC